AUGUCACUUGCCCAGGCAACAUCACAAGUUGGAUUUGCCUAUGGGCUUGCCCGGGUUGGGAGGCCCCACACCUUGCCUGGGCUACAUUUGGCCGUUGGAACCACAAAACUGGCCUUGGGCCCCUUCUUGCAUGGGUUGGCCUUGCGCGCUGGAAGUGCUCUUAAGGCUGGACUGUUGAGGGAUGACAUCCAUGGGAAUCUAGGAGUCUAG